GCAACAGGGUGAUCAUGCCGACUCCGAGGUGGGUCAAGGACCGGUAUAUUAGUCACAGUCCUCAGAACUUCCUGUGCUGCAGUUCCGAAUAAGCGAGUACGCGCCACUGAACAUGGUGGGAGUGGAGCAGCCACAGAACCCCGAGCAGCGCCGAGAAGGCGUGGCCGAAUGCGAAGAUGGCGGGGCUCCGGUGGGAGGUGGCGACGUGAGCACCCAACAGCCCGAAGACCUCCCCCAGAACCCUCCAGAAGAUUCCUCUCGGGAUCCCCCAGAGGUUGAUAGCACCUGUCAGUGCCAGGCGUGCGGGCCUCAGCAAGGAGCUGGUCCAGAUCUUGGUUCCUCCAAUGAUGGCUGCCCUCAGCUGUUCCAGGAGCGGUUGGUCAUAGUGGAGAACUCCUCGGGAUGCACCAGUACUUCUGAGCUCCUCAAACCCAUGAAGAAGAGGAAGCGCAGGGAAUACCAGAGCCCAUCAGAGGAGGAGUCGGAGCCGGAGGCCAUGGAGAAACAGGAAGAAGGAAAGAAUCCAGAGGGACAACCCACCGCUAGCACCCCGGAGAGUGAAGAGUGGAGCAGCAGCCAGCCUGCAUCAGGUGAGAAGAAGGAAGGCUGGUCGUGGGAGUCCUACCUGGAGGAGCAGAAGGCCAUCACUGCCCCGGUCAGCCUCUUCCAGGACUCCCAAGCAGUCACUCAUAACAAGAAUGGCUUCAAAGUGGGCAUGAAGUUGGAAGGCAUUGACCCUCAACACCCGUCCAUGUACUUCAUCCUCACUGUGGCUGAGGUGUGUGGCUACCGCCUACGUCUUCACUUUGAUGGGUAUGCCGAGUGCCAUGACUUCUGGGUCAAUGCCAACUCCCCUGACAUUCACCCCGCUGGCUGGUACGAGAAGACUGGACACAAGCUGCAGCCUCCCAAAGGUUACAAGGAGGAGGAGUUCAGCUGGAGCCAGUACCUGCGCAGCACAAGAGCUCAGGCUGCGCCCAAGCACCUGUUUGUGAGCCAGAGCCACAGUCCCCCACCCCUGGGCUUCCAGGUGGGCAUGAAGCUGGAGGCUGUCGACCGCAUGAACCCAUCCCUUGUCUGCGUGGCCAGUGUUACCGACGUGGUGGACAGCCGCUUCCUGGUGCACUUUGACAACUGGGAUGAUACUUAUGACUACUGGUGUGAUCCCAGCAGCCCCUACAUCCACCCAGUGGGCUGGUGCCAGAAGCAAGGAAAGCCUCUCACCCCUCCACAAGAUUACCCAGACCCUGAUAGCUUUUGUUGGGAGAAAUAUCUGGAAGAAACUGGGGCCUCUGCUGUGCCAGCCUGGGCCUUCAAGGUGAGACCCCCUCACAGUUUCCUGGUCAACAUGAAGCUGGAGGCUGUGGACCGCAGGAACCCAGCCCUGAUUCGUGUGGCCAGCGUGGAGGAUGUGGAGGACCAUCGGAUAAAGCUCCACUUUGAUGGCUGGAGUCAUGGCUAUGAUUUCUGGAUCGACGCCGACCACCCGGACAUCCAUCCUGCAGGCUGGUGCUCCAGGACGGGACAUGCCCUGCAGCCUCCUCUCCGACCCAGAGAGGCCAGCUCUGCCUCCCCUGGGGGCUGUCCCCCUCUAAGCUAUAGGAGCCUGGCUCACACCAGGACCUCCAAAUACAGCUUUCACCACCGGAAGUGCCCCACUCCUGGUUGUGACGGCUCUGGCCACGUCACAGGCAAGUUCACAGCGCACCAUUGCCUCUCAGGCUGCCCACUGGCUGAGAGGAACCAGAGCCGGCUGAAAGCUGAGCUGUCCGACACAGAGGCCUCAGCCCGUAAGAAGAACCUCUCGGGCCUCUCCCCGAGGAAGAAGCCACGCCAUCACGGCCGAAUUGGACGCCCUCCAAAAUAUCGGAAGAGUCCACAGGAAGAUUUCCAGACCCUUACUCCCGACGCUGUGCACCAGUCCCUCUUCAUGUCCGCCCUGUCAGCCCACCCCGACCGCUCACUCUCAUUGUGCUGGGAGCAGCACUGCAAGCUCCUGCCAGGAGUGGCUGGCAUCUCGGCCUCGAUGGUUGCCAAGUGGACUAUCGAUGAGGUCUUCGGCUUCGUUCAGACCCUGACAGGGUGUGAGGACCAAGCACGCCUAUUCAAAGACGAGGCGGACAUUGUGAAGAUCAUGAGCGUCAAGCUGGGCCCAGCCUUGAAGAUCUAUAACGCCAUUCUCAUGUUCAAAAACGCCGACGACACCUUAAAGUGACUGGCCCAGGGCUGGGCCUUCCUCCAGCCCCAGCUGGGCCUCCCUCUCCAGCUGAUGCUUCUUUCCCAACUUGAGCUCCUCAUGUCCCCACCUGUGCCCCAACCCCCACUCUCUAAAUCUGACCAGAGCUGGUCCUUGCUAGGUGGUGCAUGGAGCGGAGGAGCCUGGGGAAGGUGGAGUCCCAGCCCCUGAGUCCUGGAGUUCAUUUGCCACCAGGUGCAUGGGUGCUGUGUGACUCAGCUGGGGAUGUUACUGAUGGAGUAGGUUGGAGGUGCACUGCCUAUGGCAGCCCCACAUCUCCAGCCAACUUGUUUUAUCAACAAAGGGUCUUUUUCUUAGCAGUUAGAAAGAGUCUGGUAGAGUAGGAGUCUUCCACUCUGGGUACCUUUUCCCUUUUAGGUAUGUCUACAUACUUUUCUCUUUGGCUCCUUCUCUCCUACCAAGAAGUGGCCCUGCCACAAACACACUUACUCAUGAAGGCGCCUCCUCCCUCUCUGCUGCUUUCACCGCCCUCAUUCUGCUGCCUGCUUUCCUGGGCAGCGCCCCCAGCCACAGACAGCCAUACCCCCUGGCUAUUCCCCCUUAGAUGUGUGAGCCUCAGAAACAUGUUUUCAUAGGAUCCCCUGGGAGUCUCUGGCUACCUUUCUCCCUUUUGCUUGAAAGUGGGGGAUUCUGAGCCAAGAUGCCUCUUGAACAUGCCCGAUUCUGGAUCACUUGGCAUUUUAGUGUCCCACGCCAAGUCCUGGUUCCAGCAGACUGAGCAGGUGGUUAAAACCUGUUUUAUAGCUGGCAGAGGUUGAGGUUUCACUGAUGUUCCCCACACACCCUUCCUGAAUUGGGUCUGGGGAGGGGGAAGCCUUGCCUAGUAUGUAGCCUAGGCCAGGGGACCAGCCCAAGAAUAUGUCAGACAAUCUCGGGCCUUUGGUUAGAGGGACAGCUGUAGCAGGCAUGAUGGUGCCCAAAGCUGGGCAUAGCAUCCUUUCUGCAGCUGUGAUCUCAGCCAAGGUAUUGCCCAUGGGGCAAGGGCCCAAAGCCUGCCAGGCCUCCUGCCAUGAGAAUGUAGCACUCUGUCUAGCACACUUCCUUCCCACUCCCCGCCCCCAACACUACUUUCAGUCUGUCCCUUAAAUGUUUACCACUUGCUCUUAAAGAAUCUUAAAGAGACCACUUAAAGUUGGGAGUUGGGAGGGUGGACUCUUCUAUCUUUGAAUUCUCUGGGUCCCUUAAGCCGUUCUUAGCACUCUCCAUCUGUCUUGUACUGCCAGCUGGGUCCCUGCUGGGGCUCUGGGACUUUGAUCUCUCUGUCCAAGUGGGGGCCCAGACUCCACUGAGCCACUGCCAAACCUGCCUCCCAACCUGGGUGGGAAGGGCCAGAGCCCCCAGCAGAGCCAGCCCCACAUGGAGGUGAGGAGCUAUUGUCAAGCUCCUGUGCCCCCAGGUGCUGAGAUGGUCCUGCAAGGUAUGGGGCCAGGGGGGUCCUCCAGACCCCUUCUUUGAAUCAUGUGAUGGGUGUAUGCAUGCUUUGUGUGUGUGUGUGUGUGCGUGUGUGUGUGUGUCACUCUCAGAAGUGUUUGGUGCAUAUGUGAGACUCAAUGUUGGGAAAAUAUCAAGGGCUAUUAUUUAAAUACGAAGCUUUAUUUUUCCUGAGAAGUGGAAAACCCAAAGCUUUUAUGAUUUUCUGCACAGCCCAGUAGGGGCCCUUCUGUUUCCUUCUGGACUGGGCCAGGUUUUGAGGACAGCCAUUCAACCCCAUCUGAACUUCUGCAGGGCUUCAGAUGAUCCUUCUCCUUCAGCCCUUAGAGGCAAUCUGAGCACAAUCUUCGUGAGAGGAAACUGGGCAAGUCCUGCCAGGGGGUGAAGGUUGGGUUUACAGAGGUGACAUUGGUGUCCCCUUGGCCAAGAGUAAAAAGGGGCAGGCCUACACCUCUCUUAUCUUGAUUGCCUGGUGGGCACCAAAACACAUCAGCUCCUGGUCCUUAGUCUGUUCCUCUACGAAACGAGAGAUACUCACUGACUGGCAUGAGGAGCAGGCAGCUCAUGGCCAGUGCUGUGGGACCUCGGAGCCUCUAAAGAUAGGGGCUUGGAUGGCCUUUGCUCUGUGGACUUGCCAACCACCUAAUGCCUGCCUGUGGUAAAGGCAAGAUGGACCAUAGGCCUUGGAGAAAAGCGUCCUCAGGCUUUCAGACUUUGAAGCCUCAGCACUUUCUCCGUUAACAUUAAACUCUUUGAAAAGAAACUAAAUCAUAAAGUGGAAAGGAAUCUGCCUUCUGUCCACUCCUCCUCUUCUCCCCCACCCUGUCACCAAAUGAAAUCAUUGCACCUUGACCUGGUGCGUAGCAAGGGGAGGGAGUUGGCAGCGGCUCCUGGUGCCCUGUGCCCUCUGCCCUCCUCUCUAGCAAUGGGCACCACUUAAACUUUGGCCCCCAGCAGCCUCGCCCAGCCCCUGCCCAGCCCAGCCCAGGCCUAGGGCAGGGAAGACCUUUCUGUUUAAUUUCUGAGGCAGAGAAAAUGAUCCCAGAGUUUGAAAAUGAAAAUGAAGCUUUUUUGCACUUUCAUUCACAUGCACUUUGGUGGGGUUACAUUUCUGUAUUUGCCUCUUGUGUGCGUGUGUGUUCUUUAAGAGAAUCUUCUGGUUCAAGCUAAAGUGACUUUCAACAGAGAAAAGGUUACAAACAAAAUGUGGUGUGAUUUGUCAGUGUAUUAAA